GUAUGGAGGCCACAAGACCCGAGAUCAUCCGCGGCAUCCCGAUGCAUCGCGCCUUGCAAGGCUGUGGCGGAGCUCUCCGAGGUUGGAAGCUCGCGCGUUUGUACCGACACGGCCGGAUGACUGUCCGCAUCGACGAGUUUUGGUCCCACAGCUGGCACACCAACGCUUGGAUUAAAUUCUGCACCAUGUGGUUUGUGAAUCGAAGCACAGUGGCAACCCUGUGUGGCAUGCUGGGUGCCUGUGUAGGCCUGAUGCUGCGUCUUUGCGAUAUUCUGCCUAGAUUUCAGGAGAGUCCUGGCUGGUUUGUAUCGCAAUGGUCUGUCGUCUUCGGCUGUGCGGGCCACUAUUUAGCCUUGCUCCUCUGGAGGCCGCAGCGGUUAGUCUUCCUGGAUGUCGCAUGCAUUGAUCAGGACAACGAACUUUUGAAGGGUGAGGCAUUGAUAAGCAUGGGCGCCAUCCU